UUGCAGGAAAAAGGGAAGGUUCUCGAUUAUGCACUGUUCGUGUUGAAUAAACCAGUACCAGUUUGUCGAGCAAGACGUGGAAGGAUAUUUUCGAUCAUCAAAUUACCACUGAGAAAUAUUCGGGAGCGACCAUGGAAGCCAAUAGAACCUUCGGUAGACUUCCUCAGUCACUGUUCACUGUUUGGUUACGGCACUUCCCACAAAGGUGGACCAGAUGGUCAAUUGCGCAGACUGAAAAAUAUUACAGUUUGGGAAGGUGAUUCGGGAGGACCAUUUAUUUGCGAAACUGAAUUUGGAGAACGCAUUUUUGGAAUUGUUUCACAUUCCGAACCGCUAGUGGAAUCCGAACCUUCCACAUGUUUUGGCGAGACCAGUGCGUUUUUAUACGAUGUGAUGAGCGAUGUGCGUAAGAUGCUUCCACAAAUCCAGAAUUCGUUGGAAGAAAUGGGCAAAAUCAACGAAUUCAUUGAAGACUAUGAAAAGUGUGAUUUCUGA